AUGAAUCCAGAAAUGCGAACAAAUGAACGUAUUCUCAAUGGUCCCUUUUCAUCUGUUCAAGUGAAAAAUCGUCUCACUCAACAUCAUAAUCAAAUUCAUAUGAAUCCAUUGAUAUCAUUACGAGAUUUUCAUCUACAUGCCAAUGCAUCGAAAGUUCCUCAAUUCAACAUCACAAAUAUUAUUCAACGACCUAUGAUUUUUCUUUUCAAAUCUCAUUCGAUUAUUCAAGAUUUUUUUUUACUUUUCAUUUUAUUAAUCGUCAUUAGUUUAUUACUUUUAGUAUUUUAUCGACGAUAUACUAAAUCAUCAUUAUCGAACGAAAAUUCAAUUUGA